CACUCACCGGGCGCCUUGCUUUGGUUAUCCACAGAAGGCGUCGGUCGUUGGGGAGGCGUUUAGGGAUUUCUCUGCAUGAGUGGGAUAGACUCGGGAAUAGACGUUUGGUUCGUGGUGCCCUUGGAAGAAAUAACGGGGGAAAGCGCAGGACAGAGCGAACACGUGCCUUUUUCUCACUUGUGUUGAGGAUAUUUAGAUUUCAGGAUGCCAGUUUUCCAUACCAAGACGAUAGAGAGUAUCCUGGAGCCGGUGGCUCAGCAGAUAUCCCACUUGGUUAUCAUGCACGAGGAGGGCGAAGUUGAUGGGAAAGCGAUCCCAGAUCUCACCAGCCCAGUGGCGGCAGUGCAAGCGGCUGUCAGCAACCUCGUGCGGGUGGGGAAGGAGACAGUGCAGACCACAGAAGACAAGAUUAUGAAGAGAGACAUGCCUCCGGCCUUCAUUAAGGUAGAGAAUGCUUGUGCGAAGCUGGUGGAAGCAGCUCAGAUGCUGAGGACAGACCCGUACUCUGUCCCGGCCCGUGAUUACCUCAUCGAUGGCUCGCGGGGCAUCCUCUCAGGCACUUCAGACCUGCUUCUGACCUUUGACGAGGCAGAGGUUCGUAAAAUUAUUCGUGUGUGUAAGGGCAUCCUGGAGUACCUGACCGUCGCAGAGGUUGUGGAAACCAUGGAGGACUUGAUCACUUACACUAAAAACCUGGGACCAGGCAUGACGAAAAUGGCAAAGAUGAUUGACGAACGGCAACAGGAGCUGACACACCAGGAGCACCGUGUGAUGCUGGUCACCUCCAUGAACACAGUGAAGGAACUGCUGCCCGUGCUCAUAUCAGCAAUUAAAAUCUUUGUGACAACCAAGUGCACUAAGAGUCAUGGUGUGGAGGAGGCCUUGAAGAACAGAAACUACACGUUUGAGAAGAUGAGCGCUGAGAUCAACGAGAUAAUAAGAGUGCUGCAACUCACUUCUUGGGACGAGGAUGCCUGGGCCAACAAAGACACUGAGGCCAUGAAAAGAGCGCUAGCAUUGAUAGAGUCAAAGAUGGGUCAGGCUAAAGGCUGGCUGAGGGAUCCUAAUGGUCUACCAGGAGAUCCAGGAGAGCAUGCGUUGCGUCAGAUACUGGAUGAAGCAGGAAAAGUGGGUGAGCUUUGUGCGGGGAAAGAGAGACGAGAGAUCCUGGGAACAACCAAGACCUUGGGCCAGAUGACGGAUCAGGUGUCAGAUGUGCGUGCCAGAGGUCAGGGUGCCACCCCUAUGGGUAUGCAGAAAGCUCAGCAGGUGGGACAGGGUUUGGAUAUUCUGGUGGGGAAAGUGGAGAAUGCUGCCCGGAAGCUGGAGGCCCUGACCAAUGCCAAACAGGCCAUCGCCAAGCGAAUCGACACGGCCCAGAGCUGGCUGGCUGAUCCUCACGGUGGUCCGGAGGGGGAAGAGAACAUCCGUGCUCUUCUGGCAGAGGCCAAGCGCAUCGCUGACUUGUGUGAAGACCCUAAAGAGAGAGACGACAUUCUGCGCUCCAUCAGUGAGAUCGCAGGGCUCACUGCGAGACUGGUUGAACUUCGUAAAAUGGGUAAAGGGGAUACUCCUGAGGCUAGAGCGCUGGCCAAACAGAUUGGCACUGCUUUGCAAAACUUGCAGGCAAAGACUAACCGUGCUGUGGCCAACAUGAGACCUGCCAAGGCUGCUGUUACCCUAGAGGGCAAAAUGGAGCUGGCUUUGCGCUGGAUCAACAACCCUGGAGUGGACGAUCAUGGAGUAGGCCAGGCUGCCAUACGAGGGCUGAUAGCGGAAGGUCGUCGACUGGCGAACUCUCUACCAGGGCCGUACAGACAGGAGCUGCUAGCAAAGUGUGAGCGAGUGGAGCAGCUGAUGAUGCAGUUGGCAGAUCUGGCCACGCGGGGAGAGGGAGAGAGUCCUCAGGCGCGCGCUGUGGCCGCUCAUCUGCUGGAGGCAAUUAAAGAUCUGAAAGCAAAGAUGCAGGAAGCAAUGACCCAGGAAGUGUCUGAUGUUUUCAGUGAUACAACCACACCAAUUAAACUUCUGGCUGUAGCAGCAACAGCACCUCUUGAGGCCCCCAAAAGAGAGGAGGUUUUUGAAGAAAGGGCGUCUAACUUUGAGAAUCAUGCCAGCAGACUGGGUGCUACAGCCGAGAAGGCGGCUGCUGUGGGAACAGCCAAUAAGAGCACAGUUGAAGGCAUCCAGGCAGCUGUGAAAUCAGCCAGAGAUCUAACACCUCAGGUCACUUCUGCUGCACGCAUUUUGCUGAAGAAUCCUGGCAACCAGGCUGCGUACGAGCACUUUGAGACCAUGAAGAACCAAUGGAUUGACAACAUUGAAAAAAUGACCAGUCUUGUGGAUGAAGCCAUUGACACUAAAUCCCUCUUGGAUGCUUCAGAGGAGGCCAUUAAGAAAGACAUUGAUAAAAGCCGGGUGGCAAUGGCUAACGUUCAGCCCCAGAUGUUGGUUGCAGGGGCUACCAGCAUUGCCCGGCGGGCUAACAGGGUACUUCUGGUGGCCAAGCGGGAAGUGGAAAACUCAGAGGACCCUAAAUUCAGAGAACUAGUCAAAGCUGCUUCAGAUGAACUUGGUAGAACCAUCUCACCCAUGGUUAUGGCUGCUAAAGCUGUGGCAGGAAACAUCCAGGAUCCAGGUUUGCAAAAGAGCUUCCUGGACUCUGGCUACAGGAUCUUGGCUGCUGUUGGGAAAGUUAGGGAAGCCUUCCAGCCUCAGGAGCCUGAAUUUCCACCUCCACCUCCAGACCUUGAUCAGCUGCAUGUCAAUGAUGAUCAGGCUCCUCCCAAACCGCCCCUCCCUGAGGGAGAGGUUCCUCCCCCGAGACCUCCACCCCCAGAGGAAAAAGAUGAGGAGUUCCCUGAGCAGAAAGCCGGCGAGAUGGUGAGCGAGCCGAUGAUGGUGGCAGCCAGGCAACUACACGACGAGGCCCGUAAAUGGUCCAGCAAACCUCCCCAGCCUCCCCAGCCUCCCCAGCCUUCCCAGCCUGAGGUGACAGACGAGGGUUUUGAGGCCGCUGAGGCGGAGGUAGAUAUAGACGAUGAGGAUGAAUUCACAGACAACGAGGAUGAUUUUGAGCCAGAGCUGCUCUUAAUGUCUUCUAAUCAGCCAGUUAACCAGCCCAUUCUGGCUGCUGCGCAGUCUUUGCACCAGGAGGCUCGCAAGUGGUCCAGUAAGGGUAAUGACAUCAUUGGAGCAGCUAAGCGCAUGGCCCUGCUCAUGGCAGAGAUGUCUCGUCUGGUGCGUGGAGGCAGCGGAAAUAAACGUGCUCUUAUUCAGUGCGCCAAGGACAUUGCCAAGGCCUCUGAUGAGGUCACGCGGCUGGCUAAAGAGGUAGCCAAGCAAUGCACCGACAAACGGAUUCGCACAAACCUGUUGCAGGUUUGUGAGCGUAUCCCAACAAUCAGCACUCAGCUGAAGAUCCUGUCCACAGUAAAGGCCACUAUGCUGGGACGUACAAACAUCAGUGAGGAAGAAUCUGAGCAGGCCACUGAGAUGCUCGUGCACAAUGCGCAGAACCUCAUGCAGUCCGUGAAGGAGACGGUCAGAGAAGCAGAGGCCGCCUCCAUCAAGAUCCGCACAGACGCAGGGUUCACUCUUCGCUGGGUCCGAAAGACCCCCUGGUACCAGUAAUUUGAGGACUAGUUGUUUUCAAUUAGCGAUUCGCAUCCUUGCCUUUUCAAACGUCUGAGAUCUGAUAACGGGUGGCAGGAGGAAAGGUCCUGAUCCUUAAACUUUUGGACAUCAGAGUUCGGUUCUAGUUUCGAGGUGACUGGUAUUACUUAUUUUUAUUUACUUGCUGGUAUGGGUACUUAGUACACUUAUUUUGACUUUACGCAGGCUAUUUUUGUCCUGAAAGUUUGCUGUAGUUACCUUUAUCUCACACUACGGAGGUAUAGUGUAGGAGUACACAGGAAGCAUAUUUUUAAAUAUAUAUUUUUGGUAUGUUGGGUUUCCAAAUUCCAGGUAUAUAUAUAUUUUUUUGCAUGAAGACGUUUUCUAUUUUAUAUUGGAGAAAUAUGGCAUGAUGACUUAAAUGCCUCUCUCAAACAGUGUUAGAGGUCAUGAUGAAAUUUACUUUAAAUUAGUUUUUGACAAUUAAAUUUUCUUAUCGAAAAUGUAUAUAUUUAUACUUCUUAUAUUUCAUCAGAUCAUUAUCACAGAUCAUGUUUUAGUCACAAAUAUACAACAAAUAGUGUUGUAAGCUUUGCUUUUCAAAAAAAAAGAAAAAAGGUUUUAUGGGUGGCUGUUUUAAGUUAUACUUCACUAUAAUUAACUGUUCUUAGCUCAUAUUUAUAAUGAACUUUUGCUUAGCUAUUUAUUAAACAGGAUAAUGCCUUUUUUGAUGGGCCAUGCCAUUACAGAGAUGUAUUUUGCAUGGCACGGUUGAUGCCAAAGAUUUUGUUUUUUUUACACUUAAUAUCCACUUGCUAUCAAAUAAACAUGUCUAUCAUGUAAAUCUACAUAGACAUGUGAAAGCUUGGAUAGUUAACACUGAAAUUAUUUAUCCUUUCACACUUCAUUCUUCUUUCUGUUUGUGCUUGUGAGAGAGUGAAUGAUUUUUGAGAUUUCUUUUACUCCUUUAAGAAGAAAAGCACAAUCCUCACAACAGUUGAACUGUUCUUAGCUUAGUCUUUUUAGUUUACAGCUGUAAUUUUGACAUUUCUUUCAGUGUGAUUGUUUUCAAUUGUAGUAUAUUGAUGAUGGAGCUGUCUUAAUGUAUCUUCCAUUUGGGUAGCAUGGGUAACAAGACCCAGGUGGCUUGUUGAUACCUAUGUGUUUGGAGAUGCUUAAAUGGAUAGUUCACCCCAAAAUGAAAAUUCUCUCAUUUCUUUCUAAAACAGAACAUAUUUUCAAAAAUGUUUUUGUCCAUGCAAUGAAAGUCAAUGGGGUCCAAACAUGUUGUUUUGGACCCCAUUGACUUUCAAUGUAUGGACAAAACAGACAUUUUUCAAAAUAUCUUCGGUUACACUUUAUUUUAAGUUGUCCUUGUUACAGUAUACUGAGAAAUAUUUAUUAACUAUGAGUACUUACUAUUGGGUUAGGAUUAGGUUUGUUGUAGGGUUAGUGUUGCAUGUAAUUAUGCAAAAUUUAGUUAUUACUACAGUAACAUAGACACUGCAAAAUAAAGUGUUACCAUAUCAUCUUUUGUGUUCCACAGAAGAAAGUAAGUCAUACAGGUUUGGAAUGACAUUUGGGUAAAUAAAUCGCAUUUUAAUUUUAAUUUUUGGGUGAUCUAUCAUUUUAUUGACUGCACAAAAUCAAAUGUGUGGAAAUUGUGCAAUUUUAGUAUGGGAAGCUCAGUAGCACAUGCUCAUCACCUUAAGCUGAAGAUGCACUCCGAAUUCUCUGUACAGCUUCAGUAAAACACUAUCAUGAUGCUUCACUGCCUUGCAUUCACUUACAACUCUUAUCUAUAACAUAUACAUUUGAAAGAUUACCUUGUCAGCCCCCAAUAUAGUGCCUCGUUGUGAAAGUUUACAGGGCUGUAUUUGUAUGUGUAAUAGCAUGUUUUGGGUUCUGAUGACAUUUAGAAAGAGUGAAAAUACUGCUUUGUGAAUGUAUAUAUGACACUAAUGUUGACUUUUUGUCAGUGUCACAUAGAAAAAAAACAUCUUAUGUGCCUCAGAUUAAUAAAAAAGUUCUGUUAGGUGUUUGGAAACUUCUCUCCCCAGAUGUGUCACUAAAGGGACAAGUUACAGACUCAUUUGUAAAAGGUACUGCACUUCAAUUAUUACACAAAAUUCUCCUUUGAUAUUAACUUCCAAGACAUUCAUUGUACUAUAAUACUUUCAAGUAUAUUCAUGUUAAGCUAUAAUAAACAAUUAUUAGUCAGACACACAAAAAAGACCACAUUUUGUUUUGAAACUUUAUAAAUCUGAAGGCUUUUGGUUUAAAUACAUAUCUUAAAAUGCAGUUAAGCAGUUCCCUUGACAUUUUAUAAAAUAAUGCAGUUGUGUUUUCUUUGUGAUUGUGCAAAUCCUCAAAGCUUCAUUAAAGUGGCAGACCUGCAUAUCUACUGUGUCACUGCAGGUCAGCGCAACAGAACAGAUUUUAUCACGUGUGCUCAUAAUGGCUCCAUAGUGCUUGUAUGUGGCAAACUUUGAGUGUAAGAGUAAAUUCUCUUUUCAGCAGGUACAAGUGCCAUUCACCUCUGAGCAGUGAUGUGCUUGUUUAGUAGAUAAGUAGAGCAUCAUUGUAGAUAUGUCCUGCUUUAAGCAUGGCUGUGCUUUUAAAGAAAGGCCAUUUUUUCCCAUUCAAAGGCCACUGGACUAAAAGAAAUUACAUGGCAAAAAAUGUAUAUGAAAAAUAAGGUCUGUGUGUAUGUGCAGAAACUCUCAGGUAUUGUUUUGUGCCAAUAUCAAAGAUUGUAGUGCAGUAAUGUGAUUAGAAAAUAUCUUGCAUCACACACUACCUAAAACAGCUGUUUUCUGUGCUAACAUGUUCCAUCUUUAACAUGUAAAUGCAGUGUUACUAUAAUAUAAAGAACCUUGUUUUUGAUGGCACAAAUCUAAGUGUUCCUGGCAGAGAUGUACUGUACCUUAAAUCCAACAUCAUACAGUUAAUACAUUAAUGGAAUGUUACUGAUAUGAAGAUAAAGAUUCAAAAAGAAAAAACUCUCCCAAUACUCUGCAGUGGAAAGAUGUUCACUUCUUGCAAAUUGCCAGUUACUUCCCACAAAACAAAGAAAGAUAAAUAUUACAAUAACAAAUGUAUCUUCAAUGUUUUAAAAAAUAAGAGAAUGUGCACAAGGUUGCAAUUCUGUAUGAUUUGUCACUUAGAAAAUGGCACCUCUAAUAAACUUUUGGCAUAUCAUUGUGA